GAUCUGGAGUUUUUGAGAUUUCUCUUUUAGAGGAAGAAACAUUUUCAAAAGCAGAAGAAAUGAGAGAAGAAUCAGUGUCAGUGGGUGGUUGGGACUAGGCACUUCCAUGGAUCUUGCUGAAAUGUUAGUGUUUGUUAUAAAUCUGAUGGGAAAUGAACGUAUAUAUCCCUGCGCCUGAUUUCUGUGUAGGUGGACGUUAUAUGAGCUCUCUGUGUGAUAACAUUCUAUAAUCUACAAGAACAAAGGGGAAGUUACUUUAUGCAAAGGAUAAUAAUUAAACCCUGUGACUCUGCACUUUGUUACUAGCAAGAUCGAACUUGGUGUAAAAUGGAUACUAACACAAAUGUGAGGUCGCUCGCAGCAAGGUUUAAUUCGGCACCCAGCACCAUGGAGAGCCCAGAAAACUCUGCAGGAGCUCCUGCUUUAAAGGGGAUACAUGCCAAAUUGGCUGGGUUUGAGAAAAUCUCCAACUCUCCUUCAGGGCCUACAGGGAUAACCCCCAAGAAACCUCCAGCAACAAAACCUGUAUUCAAACCAGUGACAGAAGAGGCAAAAAAUCCUUUUCCAAAACCCACUGUAGGAGUUAAUCGAACUAUUGGGUCUUUUCACAACGCCAGCAAGGAAACGGGUGGAAAAGCUCCAUACUCAAGGCCAGCUGGAUUUCGUGCUUUUGAUCAACAUAAAGAAGAACCAAAAGGGUCAACUCCAAGGCCAUUGAGCAAUAAGCUCUCAAUCGGUGCCAGCUUUCCACAGGAGCCAAAGGCAGAAGGGUUCAGGCCAUCCCCACAGCCACAGCACAAAGAAAAUGACGAAAAACCUGCUUUCCCCAAGCCUUCCGCUUUGAAAAACUUUAAUGUGGCCUCAGAAAGUGAAUCAAAACCUCAAUUCCCUAAAAAACCUUUAGCAACCAAACCUUCUGGAAAUUCUGCCCUAUCAUCUUUUGAGAACAAUAAAAAUGCCUUUGUGCCUAAAACAUACUCAACUCAGCAGGAAAACAAACCACUGAAACAGACAAAGGAUCAUCCAGAAACCAAUGAAUCACCAAGUUCUGUUUCCCAGCCUUUCCCCGGGGUGGCUUUAAGACCCACUGUAGCUAAGACUAUCCAAAGUCCAUUUCUAAAGCAAGCCUCAGAGGAAUCUAGUGGAAGUACAAAACCAAAUAUAUCAGCAAAAGAGUUUUUUAACAAGGCCAACCAAAAUGGUAGCUCCGUACCAACGGUGACCAAGUUUCCAAAAGUGCAAGCAACAUUUCCACUUAAUCAAGCAUCCAAUUCCAAGGACAAACUUAAGGAACAGAAAGAUUCCUCCUCUGAACCCAAGAGGAGACCUCUACCGCCUUUGUUUAAAUUGGGGCCUCCUCCUCAGAAACCAACAAGGCCUCCUAAUGUAAACUUGGAACAAUUUAAGGGUCCUAAACGGGCUGGUGGCAACAAAGCAGCUCAGAGUGAACACAAGACAUCAGCCUUAUCCAGCGCAUUACCACCCCCUCCUCCAUCUCAAAUAUCUCCAGGGGCACCUCUUCCCCCACCUCCAGUUGGUUCUGUAUUAAACAAAGAGCCAGCAAGCUCACCACCGGUACCUAACUUGCCUCCUCGAAACAUCCCGAUACCCACUGAUGACAAUUACGAUGAUGUGGAAGGUCCUAUUCCUGAAGAAGAGAGCACAGACAGUGAUGGUGAGUUGUAUGAAGGAAUUCCAGGAGAAAGUGAAGCCUUUGUAAGACCACAAGAACCAAAGAAUGAGAAUAAGGAAGAGAAGAAGAAACUGGAACAGCAAAGAAAAGAGCAAAAAGAAAAGGAAAAGAAGGAACAGGAAAUAAGGAAAAAGUUCAAACUAACAGGUCCAAUUGAGGUCAUUCACCAAGUAAAGGCUUCCACCGAUUAUAAAGGUGGGAAAAAUGAGCUCAGUAUAAAGGUGGGAGAUCCAAUUGAAAUCAUUCGCAUUACGAACAAUCCUGAAGGAAAGUGGCUGGGCAGGAUGAACGGCUGUUAUGGUUAUAUCAAAACAACCAUGGUGGACAUUGACUAUGAUUCACUAAAAAGGAAAAAAUCCACAAUGCAUGUGCCCAAACCUUUAAAGCAGGAAGCGAAUGAUCAGGAGAUAUACGAUGAUGUUGAGGACAACAAUAGCACCAAAAGCAGUGGUGGAAGUGGUGGUGCAAAUUUUUCAAAUCCCCCAGAUGAUAUCUAUGAUGGAGUGGAUGAAGGCAUAAAUGAUGGCUCUUUGCCACAGGAUGAAGACAAAACCAAUGACUGGAAAAGGGGGAUUUUAAAGAAGCUCAAAUCUCCCGAUUUUAAAAAGAAAAGUGUGUAUAAAACUUCAGGGAAAGAAGACAGUGAAGAAAAUGAUUUUGUGGUGGUGCCUGCCCAAACACCAACAUUCUCUCCAGAUGGCGAUCUUUACGAUGAUGUUGGUGAAAGUGACUUUCCUCCUCCACCGUCUGAAUCCAGUUUAAUGGCCAAUCUGAAAGUAUUGACACUUGGGAGAACCACAGAGAAAGACAGCAAGGCUUUGAAGAAGCUAGAAAAAGAGGAGAAAGAAUUCAGGAAAAAAUUCAAGUUCACUGAUGAAAUCAGAGUUCUUUCUACAGUUCAUGUAGCAACCACUUUAACAACAAAGAAAUUUGGCUCAAAAGAUCUACAUCUAAAGCCUGGAGAGUCACUGGAAGUAAUACAACACACAAACGAAACUCAGACUCUCUGUAGAAACAAGGAAGGAAAAUAUGGUUACGUGCUUAGAAACAACUUAGCAGAUAUGGAUGGAGAAAUCUAUGAUGACAUAGGAGAAGAUUGCAUCUAUGAUAAUGACUGAGCCUGUUUGACUUGAGAUGGGUCCCAUUUGUUUGCUGCUAUCUUAUCUUUGUCCUCAGCAGCAGUGAGACUCUCCUGGACCAUUCAGUUAAAUUCUUCUCCCCAUUCCAGUCACCAGAUAUGGCCACUUCUAAUCCUAAUCAAAGCCUUGGAGGAUACAAAAUGCACAUUAAUGAAACCCAUGGCGUAACUAGAUGUUAUUGGGCCCCACAGCAAUUAUUCAGGCCCCGAAAAUGUCUCGAUUUUGACCUGUU